AUGAGCAAUUUAGAGGUUGCUCUGAAUGAUAUGUUUGAAAAUUCAUCAGUUCUCCCUAUUAUAGCUGGAGUAAGUGCUGUGGUUGUAUUAGUGACAGUUUUAGCUAACCUAAUAUGGGGAAGGAAAGCAUCCACACCAACAAAGAAGAUAAACCCUGUCACAUUAGUUGACUCCAAUGUAAAGUAUCCCUUACCUCUGAUUGAAAGGGAAGAAAUUAGCCAUGACACAAGGAGAUUUAGAUUUGGACUUCCCUCUCCAGAUCAUAUUCUAGGUUUGCCAAUUGGCCAGCAUAUACACUUAUCAGUCAAAUUACAAGAUGAUCUAGUUAUUAGAGCAUACACACCGGUAACCAGUGAUGAGGAAAAGGGAUAUGUUGAUUUGGUUAUAAAGGUUUACUUUAAGAAUGUCCACCCAAAAUUCCCCGAUGGAGGUAAAAUGUCUCAGCAUUUGGAAAGUCUGAAAAUUGGUGACACAAUUGAUGUCAGAGGUCCCUCGGGAAGGCUGCAGUAUGUUGGUAAAGGAACAUUCCAAAUUAAGAAGCUAAGAAAGGACCCGCCUACUACAGUCACUAUGAAGAAACUCAACAUGAUUGCAGGUGGUACGGGCAUCGCGCCAAUGUUGCAACUAAUCCGUCAUAUAUGUCAAGACCCGAAUGAUUCCACGGAAAUGAGGCUAUUGUUCGCAAAUCAGACGGAAGAAGAUAUUUUACUUCGGAACGAAUUGGAGAAUUACCAACGAGAUCACCCUGAGCAGUUUUGUUUGUGGUACACCUUGGAUAGACCUACUGAAGGCUGGAAGUACAGUACCGGUUUCAUCAAUGACGAGAUGAUUCGCGAGCACCUAUUCCCUCCAGGCGAUGACGUCAUGGUACUUAUGUGCGGGCCACCACCUAUGAUUAACUUCGCCUGCAACCCGGCUCUGGAUAAACUAGAAUAUCCAGCGGAAAAGCGAUUCGCAUACUAA